UCCUCACUCGAGGUCGCCCCAAGCUCCACCGCCACUACUCACGUCCGUUCCCACCGCCCGGCACAAACCUCCGCUUGCGGCUCCGAUCGAACAGCUGGCUUCGUCGAUCGCCCGACCCCGAUUCUCAGUUCUCAGCUCCUGACAGAUUUGAUUAGCUCCCUCCGAUCGGCAAUGGCGUCGUCCGUCACUGCUCCCCCGGCGGCUCCGGCCGCCGUGCAGGCGCCGGCGAAGUCCAAGAAGCCGUCGCAGCUCAACCCCGGCACCGGCAAGGCCAGGACCGCGGCCCCCGCGCGGCCAAUGCGCGCCGCUCCCCCGGCGCGGCGCGGCGGCGAGGCGGCCGGCGCCUCCGGGCCCAAGUGGAACCCGCUCCAGCGGCUCGCGGCGGCGGCGCUGGACGCGGUGGAGGAGGGGCUCGUGGCGGGGCUCCUCGAGCGCGCGCACCCGCUCCCGCGGACGGCGGACCCGGCCGUGCAGAUCGCGGGGAACUACGCGCCCGUCGGGGAGCGCCCGCCCCGUCGCGGCGAGCCGCUCCCCGUCGCCGGCAGCAUCCCGGCGUGCCUGGACGGGGUGUACGUCCGCAACGGCGCCAACCCGCUCCACGCGCCGCGCGCCGGGCACCACCUCUUCGACGGCGACGGGAUGCUGCACGCCGUGCGCCUCCGCGGGGGGCGCGCCGAGUCCUACGCGUGCCGGUUCACGGAGACGGCGCGGCUCCGGCAGGAGCGCGCCAUCGGCCGGGCGGUCUUCCCCAAGGCCAUCGGCGAGCUCCACGGCCACUCGGGCGUCGCGCGCCUGCUCCUCUUCGGGGCCCGCUCCCUCUGCGGCGUGCUCGACGCAUCGCAGGGGAUCGGCGUCGCCAACGCCGGCCUCGUCUACCACAACAACCGCCUCCUCGCCAUGUCCGAGGAUGACCUCCCGUACCACGUGCGCGUCACCGGCGACGGGGACCUCGAGACCGUCGGCCGCUACGACUUCGGCGGCCAGCUCGACAGCGCCAUGAUCGCGCACCCCAAGCUCGACCCGGCCACCGGCGAGCUCUUCGCGCUCAGCUACAAUGUCGUCUCCAAGCCGUACCUCAAGUACUUCUACUUCACCGCCGACGGCCGCAAGUCCCCCGACGUCGAGAUCCCCGUCGACGCGCCCACCAUGAUGCACGACUUCGCCAUCACCGAGAACCACGCCAUCAUCCCGGACCAGCAGAUCGUCUUCAAGCUCCAGGAGAUGGUGCUCGGCGGCUCCCCCGUGGUGUACGACAGGAGCAAGACCGCGCGCUUCGGGGUGCUGCCGAAGCGCGCCGCCGACGCGUCGGAGCUCCGGUGGGUGGAGGUCCCCGACUGCUUCUGCUUCCACCUCUGGAACGCGUGGGAGGACGAGGCCACCGGCGAGAUCGUGGUGAUCGGGUCCUGCAUGACCCCCGCCGACGCCGUGUUCAACGAGUCCGCCGGGGAGGAGAGCUUCCGCAGCGUGCUCUCGGAGAUCCGGCUCGACCCCCGCACCGGCACGUCCCGGCGGCGCGCGGUGCUGAGCGACGCCGACCAGGUGAACCUCGAGGCCGGCAUGGUGAACCGGCAGCUGCUCGGCCGCAAGACCCGGUACGCCUACCUCGCCAUCGCCGAGCCGUGGCCCAAGGUUUCCGGCUUCGCCAAGGUGGACCUCGAGGCCGGCACCGUCGAGAAGUUCGUCUACGGCGAGGGCCGGUACGGCGGCGAACCCUGCUUCGUGCCGCGCCCGGACGCCGGCGCCGGCGCCGCCGAGGACGACGGGUACGUGCUGUGCUACGUGCACGACGAGGCGCGCGGCGCCUCGGAGAUGCUCGUCGUGAACGCCCGCGACAUGCGGGCGGAGGCCGCCGUCAAGCUGCCGGGGCGCGUGCCGUACGGGCUGCACGGCACGUUCAUCGCCGGCGAGGAGCUGCAGCGGCAGGCCUAGCUAGCGGCGACGCUGCUGCCGCCUCGGCGAUCACGAACUCGACCACCUCGAUCGCGUACAUACAGACUUACACAGCGUACAUACAGGGAUUUUUUUUUCAUUAGAGCAGUAGAUGAUGCUGAUUACGGCCGUGUGGUACUGAUUUUUGGGGCAGACGUACGCCGGCCGUACAUGUGUAUAGCACCUAUAGUUACUUGUAUGAUCCUGACUCUCGAGUCAGAGUAGAUGUGUAGGAAUUACAAAAUUCAAAAUGUGAAGAAUUUUCUGUGCAGAAAUAAAGGGAUUUAUGUACAUAUAA